UGUCAACAGCACACGCUAACCCAUCUAUUGGCAAAACCGUGCCCACUUAGCUUGACUUCGGUGAUCUUACGGGUACCGCUAUGGCCUAAGUGGCUAAGGCCGUUGACAACGUGGCCACCACGAAAUUCUAUUAAUUUCGUGGGUUUUGGCGAGUUGAUGAACUCACGCGAUUAUGUAACCCGUCGGCAAUGUACUACGCGAUUAAUCGAGUCGAAUUCAGCGAAAUUGAGCAAAUAUUUUACAAAGGUUAAACAGCGAGAUACACGUGUGAGCUCUAAGCUAUGUAUAACGAUAAUGGCCGCUCUACCAGCUUCUUCGCAGCACGAGCCGUUGGCGUCUUCAUGCUGACGUAGUGCGCGCUGGAGCGUGCUGCCACGGUCCGCGUGGCGACGGUUGAAAUUAGUGCAUUUUUGAACAUUCCGCUCGCCAUCAGCAGCUCGUAGAAGAUGGUGAUGAGAUCGUAUCUGCAACAGGGAGUAGAGCCAACUUCGCAAUUGGCCGAGUUAGAGUUGUGGUGGCCAUCUUGAUUGUGACGACCCUCGUCAGUCCAUCUGAUCCAGGGUGAACAACGAGCACUCGAGCAAGAGGCCAUUUGCAUGGUGGGAAGUAUUCGUCGGUGAGCAGCACCAGAGAAAUCGUGAUGUUGUUGGACGGGUGAUGCCACUUCGAGAUUGAUUGCAUCCGUUGGAGAUGGUGUGUUGACCAGCGCUUCCAGAAUUGUAGUAGCUUCUGCUGGAUGAGAUGCCACCGUGCUCUAGGUGAGAGUUGAAUUUGUUCAACAGAUGGUUCUGGCAGUUUUGAAAUUGCUCUUCCAAUGAGGAAGUGAGCAGGCGUGAGUACGGAGAGAUCGUCAGGGUUGUCGGUGAGAGGCUCCAGUGGUCAAGAAUUGAGCGUUGCAUCAAUCUGAUUCAGAAGGGUGUUGUAUUCUUCAAAGGUGAGCAAAGUAUCAGUCACCGUACGUCGUAAAUGGUAUUUGACGGAUUUGACCACUGCCUCCCACUUUCUUCCCAUGUGCGGAGCAGCGGAAGGAUUGAAACUCCAAGCUGUAUUGUCGUUGACGAACAGCUUGGCCAAUCGUUGAUUAUCUUGAGAGCCCUCGACGAACAUCGAUUUGAGUGUUGAAUCUGCUCCGAUGAAGUUCGUUCCACAGUCGGAGUAGAUUGUAUGUGGAAUGUCUCUUCUUGCUGCGAACCGUCGGUACAUUGCAAUGAAGCCAUCUGUUGAGUAGUCGGUGACCAAUUCGAGACGAACAGUAUACGUUGUCAUGCACACGAAAACACAGAUCCAGCCUUACUGUGUUUUCGCACCUCGCCCCUUCCACGUUUUGAGUGUGAUGAGACCGGCGUAGUCUACGCUGGUGUGAGAGAAUGGAUGUGAGGGUGUAACUCGAGAGAGAGGUAGUUGGCCCAUCAGUUGAUGGGCACAGUUCCCCUUCUGCCGAGCACACACAACACACCGCAGGAUGUGCGAUUUAACUGGAGCUCGUCCACCGAUGAUCCAGUAGGUCUAUCUGAUGUGAGCGAGUGUGAGCUGAGUACUUCCAUGAAGCGUUGCUUUAUGCGAGUGAUCUAUAAUCAAUUCAGACAGACGUGAAUGACGUGGAAGGAUGGCUGGGUGUUUACCUUGGUAGGUCAACGGUGCGUUGUAAAGUCUUCCUCCAACACGAAUGACGCCUGUAGUGUAUGACGUAUGUGGCGGGCAAAAGGACGAUCGGGGCGCUGGCAUGGGGGGGACAGACCGAGAGAAGUCAGUCGCCUGGUAUGCACGCCGCGAGUACGGAUUGAUGAAUAAAGCGUUUUGGUUUAGGCUACGAGCCGGGAGUUUUAUUUAUUACAUUUGGCGACGAGGAUUAAAAGUGUGAAGUGCACGAUGAGUAGUGAAAGUUUACCCACGUUUAACCCGAACGAAAACGACGGAAACGUAUACGCAGCAUGGAAGCGGUGGCUCAGAGCCUUCGAAUUAUUUGUGGCGAGUAAAAACGUUACGGACAUUAACAGAAAAAAAGCAAUGUUAUUGCACCAUGGCGGUCUCGAAUUGCAGGACGUUUUCUAUACACUGCCAAACGCAGAUAUGGUCGCGGAAGGAGAAAACGCGUACGAAAAAGCAAUGGACGCUCUGACGACGCAUUUCAAGCCGAAAUUAAACAUGGCGUAUGAGAGGCACGUGUUUCGUCAGUUAAAACAAAAGGAAGGUGAGACCAUGAACCAGUACAUCACGAGGCUAAGACAGCAAGCGAAGAAUUGCGAGUUCCCAGCGGAGGAAAUAGAAAUUUGUGGGCAAAUUGUGGAAAAAUGUACGUCGAACGAAAUUCGACGGCGCCUCCUGGAAAAGGGAGAUUUCAAGUUGAGUGACGUCAUAGAAGUUGCUAGAACGAUCGAGGCGAUCGAGCUACAAACAAAAGACAUAGAAAAGUCAACGGUCGCUGCGACGCGCAACGUGAAGAAAGAGAGAAAGCCCGAGAAGGUGACAGAGAAGAAAAAAGACAUUCAAUGUUUUCGGUGUGGAUACACAGGACAUACGUACAAGGAUGAAAGGUGCCCGGCAAAAUCGAGAACGUGCAGUAAAUGUGGAAAAAGGGGUCAUUUUGCGACGGUGUGCAAAUCGCAGAUGACAUCGAACAACGGAGGAAGACGAGAACCACCACGCAGAGUGAGGGUCAGGGAGCUGGAUGGAGAGGUCGGCGCGGGACAAUCGAGAUAUGCAUUUGGUUUACAGACGGAUUGCCAAAUCAGUGCAAUGCAAGAAGGACAAAGUAUGGACGUUAAGAUAGGCGGUAUUAUUUUAAAUAUGUUAAUUGAUUCAGGGGCGCAGUGUAACGUGGUCGAUGAAAACACAUGGAAGUGGUGCAAAGACAGGAAAAUCGUCUGUGAGACGAGCAGGUACGUAGACAAAUGCAUAUACCCGUACGGACACGACACCGCGCUCGAGCUAUUGGGACAAUUUCGGUGCGAUGUUGAGGUUGAGAAUAGGAAAGUGCGAGCGAGUUUCGUAGUUUUAAAGGGUAAGGGGCGACCGAUUUUAGGCUAUAAAACGGCGAAAGAGCUGGAAAUUCUAAGAAUAGGGUUACAGGUGAACGAAAUAGACAUAAAGCGGGAAGAUAGUGAUAUUUUCCGCGGGAUAGGUAAACUGAAAGAUUUCAAAUUAACGAUACCCAUUGAUAGGUCGCAUCCACCAGUUGCACAGCCGGUGCGAAGAUUACCGUUUAAAUUACGUGAUCAAAUUAACAAGCAAUUAAAAGAGCUAUUAGAUUUAGAUAUUACUGAGACGGUCGAAGGCCCGACAGAAUGGGUUUCGCCGGUAAUCCCAAUAGUAAAGAAAAACGGUGAGGUUAGACUAUGCGUUGACAUGCGCCGAGCAAACGAAGCGAUUUUGAGGGAGAGGUAUCCCCUGCCGGUAAUAGAGGAAAUCUUAAGCCGAGUAUCCACCUGUAUCCAACGCCCGUAUCGUAUCACCGUUCCGAACCCUUUUGAAUAGGCAG